AUGCCGAACCCCCCGGAUCCUCCACGUAUGCCUGCAGAUAAAGAGGUUAGUUGUGUGGCGUGCAGCAAGUCCGAUUUGCCGGCCAACUUCGUGCAAUGCGACACCUGUGAUUGCUGGUGGCAUUUCGCAUGUGCCGACGUCGAUUCAUCGAUUAGCGAACGGGCAUGGAUAUGCACCAAGUGCGAAGCUGCCCCCAGCGUGUCGGCAAGAAGCAGCAAAUCCAACAAAAGCGGAUCGACUGUCGCUCACGAGCUCGAACGACUGAAGCGACAGCAAGACCUCGAGCGGCAACAGGCGGAUUUGAAGCUGCAGAUGAAAUUUUUAAAGCAGCAACAAAAACUGCUGGAUAAGGCCAGAGCGGCCGAGGAGACCCGGAGUCAGAAGAGCCAAGUAAGUAGUCAGGCACAUAAUCGGCGAGUGCGUCGAUGGGUAGAGGAGUCGUCCCGUGACGGUACGGAAGAAGGCGCGGUGGGCGGAAAUCCAGCACCAGCUGCCUCGCCAAUCGAUCACGGCGUUCAACCACAAGGUUCCAACACCGGUGACCCGAAUCAAACCCAGGGGAGAGCGAAAUCUCGCGAUCGGUCGCAGUCGCGUAACGAAGUGGCUGAAUUGCGAGCACAGUUGGAGCAAUGCAUGAAGCGGAUGGAAGAAGCUUUCCGUCAGCAGCCAGCGAACACGGUACCGCAAGCGCCACCGCUGUGGGUACCCGAACCGGGAAGGAUGACACGUGAUGAACACCGGGAUACAGGUGCUAUUCCUAAAACGUAUCCUAACCCGGAACAAGCAGGUAAGCGUCAGGCCCCUCUUCACGCUCAAAAUAAAGGCAAUCCUGGUUUAUUUGACAUAAGUCCUCCCACAACCAACCAAAACAACCACCCAUUUCCUCAGUUUGUGCCACCGCAAAGUACAAACCCACUCUCAAACAUUAACGAUCGCCUUCCUUACAUGAAUGGGUCCAACCGUCAAGUUUUCCCCCUACGAAAUCCCCCUAGAAAUCCCCCCGUGAAUGUGCAAUUGGGUCCCACGUCGCAGCAGCUUGUAGCCCGUCAGUCCUUAGCUAGGGAUCUUCCUACGUUCACCGGGGACCCAGCCGAAUGGCCUAUAUUUAUCUCCAGCUACAACUACACGACCGAAGCUUGCGGCUAUACGGAUGGCGAAAACAUGAUCCGGCUACAACGUUGCCUGAAGGGCAGUGCGCUCGAGAGUGUCAGGAGCAGACUUGUGAUACCUUCCACCGUUCCACAGGUCAUCGAGGCACUGCAGAUGCGCUACGGACGUCCGGAACUCCUGAUCAACGCUCUGCUCCAGAAAGUUCGAUCGAUUCCAGCACCAAGAUCGGAUCGAUUAGAGGGGCUCAUCCAUUAUGGGACCGCUAUACAGGCACUGUGCGAUCACAUCGAGGCGGCGAACGAACUCAGUCACCUGUCUAAUCCUACACUUCUGCAAGAACUGGUAGCUAAACUGCCAGCGGACCAGAAGAUGAUGUGGGCUGGGUAUAGACGAUGUUUUGCGGGCAUCGUAGACCUGAGAACGUUCUGUGCUUACAUGCAGCAAGUCGUCGAGGAUGCUACGAGUGUACUUUCGUUCGAGUCGGACGGGAACAGAUGUCACGGAAGAGAGCAGGGAAAGGAAAAAGCAAAGCAGAAGGGAUUCGUCAACCAACACGCGUCCACCGUCGAAGGGUCGUCGGAAGCAGCUGUACAGAAGCCGGCUGACAAGAUCGAAUGCGUGAACUGUAGUAAAUUUGGACAUCGUAUUCGAGAUUGUGGGGAGUUCAAAGCUCUCAGUAUCGACAAUCGUUGGCGGAAAAUUCGUUCGUUGGGCGUCUGCCAAAACUGCCUGUUUAGGCAUGGCAGGCGGUCAUGCCGAGUCAUUACACGCUGCGGCAUCGACGGGUGUCAGUAUAGGCACCAUCCUCUCCUACAUUCAACGCAAAGGUCAUCGAGUGCUGUCACGCAGGUAGCGGAUAAUCAUACUCAUCGUCUGCUUACUUCGAGUGUUCUCUUCAGGAUAGUUCCCGUGACUCUCUAUGGGAAUAGCGGCCAGGUAAAUACCUUUGCCUUUCUAGAUGAAGGGUCCUCAUUGACGUUGAUCGAAGGGGAGCUAGUGAACCAGCUUGGGAUAACCGGAAGACCACAACCUCUCUGCCUGCGAUGGACGGCAAACACCUCCCGUACGGAGAAAUCUUCACAGAGUGUUUCCAUUUCGAUCUCUGGUGAAGGUAAGGAACGGAAGUUCACUAUCGUUGGAGCGCGAACGGUCGAAUGCUUGAAUCUACCGACACAAAGCUUCCAUUUGGAGAAUGCAGCGGAGCGCUUCAAACAUUUGAAGCAUCUACCAUUGAAGAGCUACCAGGAUGCUACUCCUAGGAUUCUGAUAGGGCUCGAUAAUCUGCGGUUGGCCCUACCACUGAAGGUCAGAGAAGGAGAUGGAUCCGGACCUGUUGCAGCCAAAACCAGGCUUGGCUGGUGCGUUUACGGCCAGCAGCAGCAGCUGGAGCAGGAAUCGUACAGUUUUCACGUGUGCGAGUGUACGAAAAACGAAGAGCUCCAUGAAACGGUAAAGCAAUUCUUCGCCGUAGACGAAGUAGGAGCGGCCAACCCCAUUCUCUCGGCCGAGGAUCAACGAGCGCAGGAGCUACUGGAGCAAACGACCCGGCGAGUUGGAGACAGAUACGAAACCGGACUGCUGUGGCGGAAGGAUCACGUCGAGUUACCGGAAAGCUAUCCUAUGGCGCUGAGCCGAAUGAAAUGUUUGGAGCGUCGUAUGGAGCGAGAUUCAACACUGAAACAGAAAAUACAGCAGCAAGUUCGGGAUUACGUGAUCAAGGGCUACGCACACGUUGCGUCGGAUGCAGAACUGGAGAGAGCUGACCCAAGAAGGGUGUGGUACCUUCCGUUGGGAGCAGUAACGAACCCGAAGAAGCCCGAAAAGGUGCGCAUUAUCUGGGACGCUGCUGCCAAGGUGGACGGGUUGUCGUUGAACAGCCAUCUGUUGAAGGGACCCGACCAGUUGACCUUUCUUCCUGCUGUUCUAUUCCGCUUCCGGCAGUUCCACAUUGCGGUUAGCGCAGACAUCGCAGAGAUGUUCCAUCAGAUUUUGAUGAUAGCACGCGAUAAGCAGUCAUUAAGAUUCCUAUUUCGCUUCGAUCCCACACUGCCUCCCAUAGUCUACGUUAUGGACGUAGCUACAUUCGGAGCAACCUGCUCACCGGCUUCAGCGCAGUUCGUAAAGAACUUAAACGCCAAGGAGCACUCGCAGCAGUAUCCUCGUGCUGCUCAACGGAUAGUAGACAACCACUACGUUGACGACUAUCUCGACAGCUUCGGGGAUGUAGAAGAAGCCAAGCAGAUUGCUGCAGAAGUGCGCUUAGUUCAUCGCAACGGUGGCUUCGUUCUGAGGAACUGGAAUGCCAACAGCGAUGCAGUGCUGGAGUUCCUGGGAGAGCCAGGGAUCGAUAGAAACAAGAAUAUCAACCUGGUUGACAAGGAGCACACUGAGAGGGUUCUCGGAAUGCUGUGGAUGCCCGCAACCGACGAACUAUGCUUCUCAACGCAGAUGAACGAGGAAGUGCGCACGCUUAUCGAGACUUCCACUCGGCCUACAAAACGGCAAGUACUGCGCUGUGUGAUGACGUUGUUCGACCCGCUAGGAUUACUGGCGACGUUCCUCAUUCACGGAAAGGUUCUAAUUCAGGAGCUAUGGCGGACCGGAAUCAACUGGGAUGAGAAUAUCAAGGACGCUGAGCUGAAUCGCUGGCGGGAAUGGGUGCAAAUGAUCCAGUUUAUUUCAACGGUUCGUAUCCCGAGAUGCUACUUCGAAGCAGCGACGAGUUCCACCUAUGAGAAUGCACAGCUGCACGUUUUCGUUGACGCAAGCCCUGCGGCGUAUUGCUGCGUCGUGUAUCUACGCGUGAUGGAUUCUGAGGGUAACGGACAGUGUUCUUUAGUGGCAGCAAAGGCGAAGGUGGCUCCUCUGAAGCCAAUGUCCAUUCCCAGGCUUGAGCUACAAGGGUGCGUACUUGGAACACGGAUGUUGAAAUUUGUUCAGGAAAACCACACCAUCCCGAUCACGAAGCGCUAUCUGUGGACGGACAACACUACGGCGCUUUCUUGGAUCAGGUCGGAUCCACGCAACUACCGCCCCUUCGUUGCCCACAGAGUAGGAGAAAUUCUGGAGACUACCAGCGUAGAUGAAUGGAGAUACGUUCCAUCGUUGUCCAACCCGGCUGACGAGGGGACUAAGUGGGGCAAAGGACCGUAUUUCAGCACCGAUAGCCGCUGGUUUGCUGGACCACAGUUCCUGAGGUACCCGGAAGACGACUGGCCAACUCCACCAGAGUUAUCUUCCAUCGAGACUGAGGAGAUACGUCCUUCUGUUCUUUUCCAAUUUCCGUAUGAGCCAGUCAUUCAGUUUGAAAGGUUCCCGAAGUGGGAGAGGCUACAUCGCACGGUAGCUUAUGUGCUACGUUUCAUGAACAACAUCAACGCAAAAUGUGUGGCGAAUUGUAACAAGAGGAGCUCCAGGCAGCGGAAGCGGUGA